CUGAUAAUCAUUGUUACCAUAAUUACAAGAUGUCAGCCCUGAGAUACGAAGUGAAGCGAGUCUACAAAGAGCUCCUGUUUCUCGGCAGAGAAUACCCAUUGGGGUAUGAGCAUUAUCGAUCACGAUUACAUGAUGCGUUUAUGAAGAAAGCGAGGUUGAGUGAUGAGGGUGAGAUUCAGAAGGGGCUUGAGUUUGCGGAGUUUUUCAGAAAAGAGGUGGAAACAUUGUAUUACCUGAAGCGGUACCGAACCCUGAGGAAACGAUAUGUACCUGGUGCUUAA